CCGCCGCUCUUGCAACGUAGCUCAGAACAAGAAAAAUCACAAAAUGACACACGACGCUGUCUGGUUCUCUCGUCCACGCAAGUUUGGCAAGGGUAGCCGUCAAUGCCGCCUUUGCGCUCAUCAAGCCGGUCUUAUCCGUAAAUACGGUCUCGAUCUCUGCCGCCAAUGCUUCCGCGAGAAGUCGUCUGCCAUCGGUUUCGUUAAGAACCGGUGAUUGUUUCGAGCUUUUAACGCAUCUCGUAGCUUUUCUGCUUCUUCAUAGUCGUCCACCUCACUUCAUACUUUACUACCUCAAUUGUAUGCAGAGACAUGCGCAAUUUAUGAUUCCUGGUCUCAAAUCCAAGCUAGUAUCGCAUGAGCGACAUGUGAAAUGUGUUUCUUUACUUCCCUCCGUUGGUUCCUUUUGGCCCUUGAACAAAGAACGUAUCCGGCGUAAGUCGAGCUUGAAAUGAGAAAGCCAGGGUGUUGGGUUCCCGAAAGUAUCUAUUAUUCC